GUGCCAGCCACCUGGCUGGACCAACGCUGGCGGGAGGGCGCUAGCGACGCGGCCCGCAGGUCCCGCCCACACAGGCCCGGCCCCGCCCCCGCUCUCCAUAGUUACGGCUGCGGAGGCGGCGGCCAUCUUGGCGGCGGAGCGAUGAGCGGGUCGAAUUCUAAGGCUGCGGCCGUGGGGUCGGCGGCUGGGCCCGGGGGGCUGGUGACUGGCAAGGAGGAGAAGAAGAAGGCUGGCGGCGGCGUCCUGAACAGGCUUAAGGCGCGGCGGCAGGCGCCCCACCACGCGGCCGACGACGGCAUCGGGGCAGCGGUUACGGAGCAGGAGCUGCUGGCUCUGGACACCAUCCGGCCCGAGCACGUCCUGCGCCUCAGCCGGGUCACUGAGAAUUAUUUAUGUAAACCCGAAGACAACGUCUACAGUAUUGAUUUCACACGCUUCAAAAUUCGAGAUUUGGAGACCGGGACAGUGCUUUUUGAGAUUGCCAAACCUUGUGUGUCAGGCCAGGAGGAGGAGGAGGAGGAGGAGGAGGAGGAGGCAGCAGGUGGAGAUGUGGAUGUCAGUGCGGGCCGCUUCGUCCGCUAUCAGUUCACGCCAGCAUUUCUCCGCCUCCGCACCGUGGGCGCCACGGUGGAGUUCACGGUGGGAGACAGACCUGUGUCAAACUUCCGGAUGAUCGAACGGCACUAUUUCCGGGAACGCCUGCUGAAAAACUUUGACUUUGAUUUCGGCUUCUGCAUCCCCAGCAGUAGGAACACUUGUGAACAUAUCUAUGAGUUUCCCCAGCUUUCGGAGGAUGUCAUUCGUCUGAUGAUUGAAAAUCCCUAUGAGACCCGUUCUGACAGCUUCUACUUUGUCGACAACAAGCUGAUAAUGCACAACAAGGCUGACUAUGCCUAUAACGGGGGUCAGUAGCUGUGGCAGGCGCGGACGGGGAGGUGCUUUGCUGUGGCCCGAGGUCCUGGUGCACGGAGGUGGCUGAAGCUGCGGUCUGUCAACACACAUCUGGAACCUGGCCCCAGGAAGCCGAGGCUGGGGUGGCAGUUUCCUGUGCUCCAAGAGAGGUGCCAAGCAGUGUUGUGUUUCCUUCCCCAGUAUUUUUUCUUCCUUUUUACCCUGCCCCUUAGGUCACAGAGGUACUAUAGUAAAACUUAGCAUAAGGCUCCUGGAAUCCAGAUUAAAAAAAGAAAGUUUAUUUUCAUGUAGUCAUGGCUCCUCUGGGUUGUCCUGAUGAGCCUGGGUCUCUCCAGGCAGAGCUGUGCCAGGGAGAGAAGGCUCUUCUGUAGGUUCGGGGGUGCUGUGGGAAGCUGAGACUCCUCUCUCGCCUGCGGGGUCGCCAUCAGCACACUCUGACCUCAGCCUGUGCAUCGUCCUAAACCAACUGGGCGGGCAGAGGGAAGGAGUGGUGCCAGGAGUUGAGGCACUGGGGUGGGCAAGGCUGCCAAACUGAAGGAUCUGUCUUACGUGGGGGCCGCUUAUCUGUCUGACUUCCGGAUCCUCAGCCGGUCCUCCUGGGGCUCCACUGAGGUUUCAACCUGGCAGUGCCUUCCUGUUCUCCUUCCAGAGGAAAGAUGAGCUUGCUCUGCUUCUCCUGGCUCCUAACUUUUGAGUUUCUCCUGAAAUACAAUGUGUCAGUUUUGCUCUUGGAACUGUAGUAUCUCUCGAGGCCAGAGCAGGCCUUAUUGUAUUUUGUUUUUUUAUUUCUAAGCCUCUUGUGGGGAGGCUUUAUAAAAUGUCAGUGGCAUUCCCAGCAUAUAGGAUGUGUGGCCAGACUUCUGAUAGUAUCAGUCAGGCUCCCGGGGCUAAUCUGGGUCAUGUCGUACCUGCUUUUGUACUGAAGUAGUUCCUGGAACCAUCCUGGCCGGUCAGACCUAAGUAAUGUGUAUUCUGGUCCUUUGGACUGCCACUUGGAAUGGUUUUGGGCGUUGGGAAAGGGGGAAAUCAGCUGAGGUGGCCUAUCAGAGAGACGUGUUCUCAAAAAACUUCCUCACACAUCCCUCAGGCCCUCGCUGGACGGACUGUCCGCGCUUCGGCUCCCUGCCGUUGUCCGACUGUGUGGGCGAUUUAAGUGGGUCUGAUAAGACUGUUGCUGCGGCCAGGGUUUAGCAUUGCUAGAAAGGUCGCAGUAGGAAGGGCCCAGGUACGUGGUGUCUGUGACCGGAGAGCUGUCUCCCUAGGUGCUUGGGAGAAAGGCCAGGUGGAGCCAGGGAGAGAAGGGCCAGCGCUUUGCCACAGAUGCUCCUGUGCUUCCACUGACCAGUGUUGCUCCCUGUUUGCAUUCUAGAGCGUGAGUGGCCUUGAACCGUGGUCCAGUGCUUUGUGCCAGGCCAGAGUCUGGGCUGUGCCAGAUGCUGGCAGCUUCCUCACUGAGAAAACCCUGGUUAGCCCUGUGUGCUGGCACUGCACCCAACCCCCGAGGGAGGAAGGGACCGGGUUCCCUGCAGGGUGGGCUACUCAUCCCCAGACCGGUGAAUCCCAGAACUGGAGUCGGCUGCAAAUCCAGGUGCCUUAUGUGUGGCUCCAUCCCAUACACUGCCGGACAGACAUCAGCACUGCCUCUUCACCUUCUGUUUCUCACUGGGGCUCCCUCAACAGAUUUGUGUUCAUUGAGCUUCAGAAUAACCCCUUCUCUCUGUGACAGAAGCCCAGUUGGGAGAGUUUUUCUACUAUUUGAUGUUUAAUUAUUAUCUAGGAUGUGGUUUCUGGAGCUGCCCAGAACUCUGCUCAGUAGAGUGUGUCUUGGAAAUGUGUCCCAGGCAGACCACGUCUUGUAGGCUAGUGGGCUGUCUCUUACCUGCAGUGUUAGCUUUUGCUGGGAAGAGGGCCGAGGAGGCAGGCAUUCUGGCUUGAAUAGUGCUGUAUCCUCUUCCCAAGAGCUUGCUUUAGUCUCACUGGAGACUGUUUUGAGGCCAAGUGCUCGGUCUGUGCCCAGCAGCACAGGGAUUUGCUAUCUUCUGCUCAGGAAGGUCUGGUGUUCUGUACCUGGGACUCUGGAUUCUUGUGUCUAGCUACUCAGGAAACCUUGAGAAGUGUUACCUCUCUGGGGUGUUAGCUAGGGUAAGUCUGAAAUUCAAGCUUUUGUACCCGAACUGGGGAGAGAAUUGGAAGUCAUACCUUCUCUGAAAGUAGCUGAACUCAUCAGAAGUUGAAUCAGGAUUCCAUGUUGUUAAGGAGUCUGGACUGUUGGUAGCAGUUACCUGUGGGCAAUAAAAUGGGAGGAAAAAACCUACCUGCCUGGGGAGACCGUGCGCUCUGUUCAGAGCUGGUACCUGAGAGGCAGCUCCUGAAGGGAACACAUUCCAGCAGACUGACAGGCCCAGCUGGCGCCGGGGGGCCUGCUGCCUGCACCCCUCCCUCUCGUGCCUUGCUCUUGUCCCUCUGGCCUGGAGUCUCCUGGGAGAGCGACUCUCUUUUCCUGUGGAGCUUUUGGGCUAAGAUGCCCUUUUAGCUGCUGCAAAGAAGAUCCUGGUUUAUUUUAUUCUAUGUUUUAAAGAGUAAACAGAGGAAAUAAGUAAAAGUAGUCCUGGGAUAAAGUAGGUCAUCCUCUCCUCGUGUGUGAGCUCUGAGCUGUCUUGCAGGGAAAGUACUUUUCAGGGCCAUGUCUGCCUUCCUGAAGACCCUCACAGUCUUUGGGCCAUCCAGUUCUCAAAUAGGGGCGGUGAUUUGGGGGCGUUGGGGCUAUGCGGAGACUGGAGAUUCUUGACGUGGCAGUAGCUGGGGGAAUCUUCAGCUUGUUUCUUCAGUUGAAGUGGGACUCAUUUCCGGAAUGGACUUAAUAGGCUGUGUCUAAUGUGCAGAUUGGGUGAGUCUUGCUUUAGUGUGUCUUGCCACCCUCGAUAGGCUCCCAGGGUACUCUCUUUUUUUUCUCUGUAAAGUCCCUUUCUUCUGGUGGCCGUUGUCACUCUGACGUCAGUGAGGUUGGGGAACGGGGACAGUUCUCAGAAUCAUAGCACAGACUCGUCUGUGUGUGCGGACCCCUGAUGCAGAGGGUGCUGCCGUGCCUGGCGUAGGGGCCCAAUCGUCAGAUCACCAUGUUUCUCACAUUCCGCGUCACAGGACAUCUUUGGUACAAGAAGGGUCUGGUGGAGGUGGAUUUACCCCUUGUUGCACAAAGGAUCAUGUAAAGUCAUUGAACUUGUGAAAGUCUAUUUUUUUCCCUGUAUAUCUAUUUUUCACAGAAUGUAAGAAGCGUUAACGACCUGGUCUGUCCUUCUUCCCCUUUACCUGAGGUCCUCAUUCCAGUUUGUAUUGUCUUUGUGUCCAAAGUAAACUAGGUGACUUAUUUGUAUAAAAUGUUAUUUUGCCACAAGAGACAGUAAUUAAAGAAAGAUUUUCACAGUACGCGUACCCUUUCUGGUCUCCUGACUGGGCCCCUUGGGUCACGGGGCGGGCAGGUGUGGAGUGGGGUGGGCUCUGAGUUUCUUUACGUGGCCUUUCUGUAAAUAUUGGUUUAAUGAGUAGAGCUGGUUUCUAGG